CGUCGGUGGGUCGCGGACUGUCCGGCUGCCUCCGCCUCCUUCGGUCGGAUCCCCGCUCUCCCGCGGCUGCGCCGGCUCGGCCGCCCGGGAAACAAAGCGCCACCGCGGCUGCGGCCACCGAGCAAGUCCCAGACCAUGGCCGGGCGGUCCCCUGGCUCCGCGCCUCUAGUCCGGCCGUCGCCGUCGCCCUAGGCCGCGCCGCGAGGCCCCGAGCCCCCGCAGGCCCCGCCAUGAAGCUGAACGAGCGCAGCCUGGCCUUCUACGCCACGUGCGAUGCCCCGGCCGACAACGCGGGCUUCCUGUACAAGAAGGGCGGCCGGCACGCGGCCUACCACCGCCGCUGGUUCGUGCUGCGCGGCAACAUGCUCUUCUACUUCGAGGAUGCCGCCAGCCGCGAGCCCGUGGGCGUCAUCAUCCUGGAGGGCUGCACCGUGGAGCUGGUGGAGGCCGCCGAGGAGUUCGCCUUCGCGGUGCGCUUUGCCGGGUCCCGGGCCCGCACCUACGUACUGGCGGCUGAGAGCCAGGCCGCCAUGGAGGGCUGGGUGAAGGCGCUGUCGCGGGCCAGCUUCGACUACCUGCGCCUGGUGGUGCGCGAGCUGGAGCAGCAGCUGGAGGCGGUGCGCGCGGGCGGCCGCCCACCCCUGGCCCCCCGACCCCGCGCCCUCCCGCCCAAGGAGAACGGCUGUGCGGUCUGGAGCGCGGAGCCCCCCGCCACCCCGCGGCCGCCGCCCCUGCCUCCCUGCCCGCCGCCACUGCCGCCCCGCCGGCGGGCCUCGGUGCCCAACGGGCCUCUGGACUCGGUCCCUUUCACCCAGCUGCACGAGUGGUACGGACAGGAGGUCAGGGCGCUGAGGAGCCAGUGGCUCAGGAGCCAGGCCCAGCUCUGAGGAUGGGGUGAGGGCCUGAACUGCGGGGUAGUGGUUAAGGCCAGCCUUGAGUCAGCAGGGGUCCUGGUUCUGGUGCCACUCCAGCCCCAGACCUUGCUUGGACAAGCCCAGCCCUGAGACUCUGGGGGACCUGGUCCUGAGGGAAGGAGUGGCCAGGGUCGGCCCUCAGGUCCCUGCCCGACCUGCUUUUGGAGACUCAGGCUCUGAGAAGACGCUGAGUUCUGAGGAGUACUCUGGGACCUCAGAGGAGUAACUCAGAGAAAGCCCACCUUGAGGGGGCCAUCGUGUCCCGUUCUCAGGAGAAUCCAGACCCGGAAUGAGCCUCAAGCAGCUGGAGGGCUGGUUUCAUGGGAACUGUAGCCCCAAACCCAGACCUGCAGGUGCCCUGGUCUCCUGGCUGGGAGUCACCCAGGGAGGCUUGUUGCUAGCAGCAGGCCUCGGCUGGGGUGACUGGGACAUACGGGGAUCUGUGGCUUGGAAGGCACGUGCCCAGUCAGCCGUGGUGCGGAGGCUCCAGACUGGGCCUCCAGUGGACAGAGAGGAGGCGGGGUUGUGCUACACAGCAUCUGGGCCUGACCUCCUUUUGCCCCCAGGGCCCGCCAGAGGAGCAGCCUGGCUCCUGGCCACCUGCCUGCCUCCAGAAGCAGCAGGUGCAGAAGGCAGCACAGGCCUGGGUUUUCCUGUGAGAUCAGUACCGCGAGAUCGCCUGGUCCCCAGGGCUUCUCACCUGGAGUGAGGCUGAGGCAGGACUUUACCCUGGGGCCUCAGCCAGGUCUUGAGGUGGUGCUCUGGGCACAGUAGUGGCCCUCUGGCCGUGGGCCAUGUCUGUGUUCCUGUGAGAGUGCUCACACUCUCCCUACACUCCUUAACCACAUCUUUCACCCCCAGCCUGGGGUGGCGCCUCUCAGGAGGUCACCUGACCAUGUCCAGUCCUGGACUGGACAGCUUUGGCCUGAGCUGACUUUCUAGCAGGUUCCCUCAGGGAGGAGGGGCCACGAGCUGACUCAGAGCCUAGAAAGGGCCCAGAUGCCAAUCUGAUAGGGGCAAAGAAAUAGCUGAGAAGCCAUGUUUGGCUUCUAGAACCCUCUUCCUCUUUCACAGCCCCUCUCUGAGCUCACAGACUCAGCCCUCCUCUCAGCCAUAAUAUUCCAAGAGGGAGACCAGGUCUUACUUUGUUUCGAGACCAACUUCUGUUUCACUCUUUUCACUCACCACAGUGGCCAUUCUUCAUCCAGGGAGAAUCUUGGGGGCCCUGGGGUACCCUUGACCCUCCACCUGGGUCAUGUUUACAGUCCUCAGUGCCCCCACAUGGGGACCCCCCUGAGGAUACCUCCACUUCAAUCUUUAUUUCCCCAGGUUCCUUCUUGGUGACAGACUCAGCUCUUGAUCCCUUUCUGCUGCCUUUGGGGACCCUGAGCACGGGGAAGAAUGGGGGUGCUGUCUGUGUCUGCAGUCACCAGCUCACUGCUGGCUCAGUUGACUGGGGCUUCAAUUUUAAUUUAAUUUUAAUACUUAGGGUGUUCCCCCCCAUCCCCCACAGCAACAAAGCUUGGUAUUUCACUACUUUGGUUUUUCAUUGGCUGGUGGGAAGGGUUAGGGUGCCCUGGUCUGGGCUUGGCCAGUGGGGGAGGGGGUGCUAGUUGGCUCUCUCCCCAGGGAGAGGGCAGGAGGCCUUGGUUGGAGACAGGCACCUCAAGGAUGCCACCUGGUUCUCUGCCUUCUCCCUGGCAAGCCUCUGGGGCUCUUGGGUACACUUCCCAACCCCCCUUCCUCAUGCCUUGAGUGGUGGGGGUGGGGAUGGCAGCUCUCAUCUGUAGGCUCUAGGUCUCAGGGUGUUGGGAAUGGCCCGGUGCCCCUGUCCUGGCCAGACCCAGCUGUGGGGUGAGGUGUUGGCCUCAGUCCUGUGUAAGUUUACAAGCUCUAAAGGUACAAUCCCCCUCCACCCCCCACCAAAGCACAACAUGGGGUCAGGCUGCUUCUGGAGUUGGGUGCUGGAGAGCUAUCGGGCAGCCGGGGAGAAGGAUAUAAAGGCUAAAAUAAAGUGUAUCAAGUAAUGGCUGGUUAUAUCAGUUUUUUUCCCCAUCAAAAUCCUUGAUUGAUUUGCCUGGCAGAGCCGGGAGCAGGCCCUACACGAGAAGUGACUAGUGUGUGCUGAGUGCUCUCUGUGGCCAGGCACAUCUUACAGCCUCUUCUGGCAGAUACUGGCCGCCUUCUGGGAUGAGAAACUGAGGCUCAGAGUGCUUAAGAAAUCUGCCAAGCUCAUACAGCUGUCAAGUGUCAGAACUGUAAACCUCUGGAAUCCUGUGAAGAAGGGAGAGCCUUUAAGAUGAAUAUGAGGAAAUGGAGGCCUAAAGUUCCUUUUCAGAGGGGAGAAAGCAGAGGGGAAGGUGAGGAUGUGAAAGUCACCUGUGGGCUGAAGUCCUGACAGUUGGGAGAGAUGCCAAAGGGAAGAGACAAAACCUGGCUCUUGUCACAGAUCAGUUCCUGGUGGCUGCCUCGGGGCCUGAGUGAGGAGGAUUCUGGCACCCAUGCUAGUUGAGAGGGAAAUAUCCUGUGACUAAUUAGUGAUGUCUGCCGUGAGAGGGUGGAUGGUGGCAGUGUUUAGGCUGUAUAUCUGUUAUCUCUGACUCAUCGACUAUAUUUGCUGGGCUAAUGGGAAGGGGCUAGCCCAAGGUCCUCAAUGUGGAUCCAGACCUUGGUCAUAUGUCUCUUGCCAGCAUGGAAAAAUCAGGCAUGUUCAGGAAAAUGUGGCUUAGGAUGAGUAAUGUGCAGUCCUCGGUCUGCAGAACAAGUUCAGAGAACAAGAAAGAUACCAAGGUCAGGGAAGCUUGCUACUCGUGAGCAUUCAGACCAUGCUGAGUAAUUCCUUCUUCUGGGCCCCCAGCUGACAGAGGCUGGGGAAGUGCCUCCCCACACAGGCCGAGUCAGGGUGCUGCCUGUGGCGUUUGUGAUGGUGGCCACAGCAGGGCCUGGGGCACAGAACGGGGGGAAAGAGCAGGAGAGACAGCCCCAAAAGGGAGGGUCACAGGUAGCCCUCACCUGCCAGGCUUCUUAAGAAUGUUUCCUGGUGAAGGGGGUGGGUGGGGGACACGUCAAUCUGUGCCUAGUGUUGUGCAUCCACCUGCUAAUAGUGUUUCCUCCUGACCUGGGGGGAGGUGUCAGGACACGUGCCUAAGGAAGAUCACAACAUCCCAGGAGCAUGACAAAGUUGAGGAAGUUGUCUUCACCCCAGCAGUCUCUGGGGGCCAUUGUUUGUGUUCAGAAGGAACAUUCUGAGAAGCUGCUUAGGGUAGGGGAUGAGACCCUCAAAAAAGGUCAGUCAGGUCCGAAGUUAGGAGCUAGCUCCCUGCGCAUCAUCUACCCACCCUAAAUAAUCAGUCACAUCCUAUCAGUUGUGCUACUACCAUUUGAUUGACAGGGACUGGCUAACCUUGAGCUGCUGUGUUGGAGGGUGGCGAGUGAAAUGAGUGGAGGGCGUCAACUGCAUGGUGAUGGAUGACAACUAGAUUUGUGGUGUUGAUCACUUUCAGUGUAUACAGGUGUAGAAUUAGAAUGCUGUACACUGGAAACAGUAUUUGUAAAAAGUUACAUACAUACAUAGAGAAAGGAAUGGCUGUGUGACCUUAUUUUGGCCAAUGACAUGUGAGUGGAAGGGUCUUCUUGCUUCUAAAAAGAGAGACACAAUGAAGAGUUCUUCAUUGUUCUCUGGGAGUUAAGUUACCUCUGAUCCCUGGAGCUGUAGCAGCCAUCCUGUGAUCAUGAAGUAGGCCGCACUAAGGAAAAUAUCCCAUGCUGAAUUUAGCACACGCUUGAAAAUAUCCUUGAACUGCUCAGUCAAUGGAUCUGAGAACCUGCCCUUCUUCUGGAGGUCUUGUUAUUUGAGGUAAUAAAUGUUUAAAGCUUUGAGGGGGACUUUUUUGUUAUUUGCAGUCAGAGGCUUGCUAAUGGAUAAGCUUGAGCAACUGCAGCUGCUCCCUUUAAGGCGCAUGGCUCUGGGUAGCCAACCAUAGACAGGGCUGUUGUCAGCUCACUGGGGUGAAGGUUAGGGCUAGAGUGAGAUCCUUUGGGGCAUGAGAAGGCCCACUGAUUUCCUCAACUUUUCCCUGGAUGCCUUUCAUCUCUCCUCUUCUGAGUGAACGACUAUUGAAAGACUAGCACUCCCCACCCCCACUUCUGCCCAGCACCUUUUAUGCUCCCAAACAGGGCUGUUUUGUCCCUGCUCUGGCUAGAUCUGGAGCCCAAUGUCCACCCCCCCAAGGUCUCUCCAGAUCAUCUUACACAAAAGGCCCUGCCACUUGCCCCAGUUUCUAAAACUGAAGCAUCCAAAAUGGAACUAUUCCAUGGCGGUCAACUGAUAAACACUUAAGACCAGCUACAGAUUUUGCAUUUACUGAUAAAGACUUAAAAAGGUGGGCCCAUGAACUGUUUUUUCUUUAGGUUUUCAAAUUGGUUGCCUGCUCCUGACAGAGGGGUCAGAGCUUUCUCAGCUUGGUCUCCCCAGACGUGGGACCACAGCUGUGUCUGUUCUUGCCACCGCCACUGCCCUCCCUUCAUUGUCCAGGGGCUCUGUUAUUAUUUCUCUAGUUAUGGGGCCGAGAAAUCCUGGGGCAGCACACCCAGGUCCCCCAGACUGCAACUCCUUGAGAGCAGGGACAGGUCUGCUUCCCAUGUGCCCCCAGGGCCUGGCACAGUACCCAGCACAGAUAUGUUAAAAAUCACCUCCCGUGCACACUCAGCUCACAUGAUUCUACCCUCCCUGACCAUGGCUGCUUGGGCAGGAGUUGGUCCUUAGACACAAGCUGAGCCAAUCAGGGUCCUGAGAAUUUUGAAUUGGGGAGGGGUUGAGGGUGGGUGAAUGGACUAAGCUGGGAAUGAGGUGGCCUUAGAGAGAGAACUCGUGGCUCAAGAUAAGAAUAUGCAGUGUCCCAAAGCCUUUGGAUUUUCACAAGAUUCCUCUGGAUGGUCUCAAUAAACUGUUUGUAACUUUUUUUUUUGGCUUCCCUGCGGCAUAUGGAAGUUUGCUGGCCAGGGAUCAGAUCCAAGCUGCAAUUGCAACCUAUGCGGCAGCUGCGGCAACGCCGGAUCCUUUAACCCACUGUGCCUGGCUGGGGAUCGAACCUACAACCUGGUGCUGCAGAGAAGAAACUGAUCCCAUUGUGCCACAGCAGGAACUCCUGUUUGCACAUGUUUAAGUGGAUCACAAUUUCUUUCAACGCAACAACAACCGAUGUGAAAACACCCAGUGAAUAUUUGUUCUGUACUCCUAUUCUCUUCUGUUUUACCAGGGCCUGGCGCACACACUGGGGCCAAAUAAAACAAAAUGAAUUAAAACUACCUCCCACUUACUGAUAGAUGAUGGCUAUUUCUUUAAAAUGCAGGAGUUCUGGGUCUGUAGGUUGCGGGAGGACCCAGGAAUCUGCACUUUUUUGGGGGAGGGGCGCACUUGAGCAUAUGGAGGUUCCCAGACUAGGGGUUGAAUCAGAGCUGCAGCUGCCAGCUUAUGCCACAGCCACGGCAACCCCAGAUCCCCAACCCACUAAGCAAGGCCAGGGAUCGAACCCAUGUCCUUAUGGAUUCUAGUCGGGUUUGUUACUGCUGAGCCACAACGGCAACUCCUGGAAUCUGCAUUUACCCUAACCCCAACCCUAAGAAUAAAAGGGAUUUUAGAACCACAGUUCAAUAAAUCUUUUUUUUUUUUUUUGUCUUCUAGGGCUGCACCCGUGACAUAUGGAGGUUCCCAGGCUAGGGGUCCAAUUGGAGCUGUAGCCGCUGGCCUACGCCACAGCCACAGCCACGCCAGAUCUGAGCCGUGUCUGCGAUCAACAUUACAGCUCACAGCAACGCUGGGAUCCUUAACCUGCUGAGCAAAGCCAGGGAUCGAACCCGCAACCUCAUGGUUCCUAGUCGGAUUCGUUAACCACUGAACCACAACGGGAACUCCUUCAAAGGAUCUUGUAAGGCAGCGUGGUUGCCAGCCUCCCUGAUGGCCCCUGGUGAUUCUUGCCUCUGGGGUCCACACCCUUGUGUAGUCCCUUCCACACUAAAUGACACAAGCCGAGAAGAUACUAUGGAAGCAACAGUGGGGAUUCCAGAUCCAGAUUAUGGAAGACACUGCAGACUCUGCCUUGCUCACUCUUAGCUGUCAUGUUUUGAGGACACUUAGGCAGCCCCGUAGAGGAGGCCAUUUGCAGAGGCCAUUUGGGGGGCAUCUGCUCGCCCCCCAUCUGAGUAUGCCUUUGUGGCAGUGGAUUCUCCAACCCAGGAAAAGCCUUCAGAUGACUGCAGCCAUGGGGCUGACAGCUUAACUGUAGCCUCUUGAGAACUGGGAGCCAGAACCAUUCAGCCAAGCCACUCCCAAAUUCCUGACCCACAGAGGUUGCGGUUGCGAGAUAAAUGUUUAUUGUUUUAAGUCACUAUGUUUUGGCAGUAAUAGACAACAAACAGGUAGAUAGUACUUUGAUCAUGCCCAUUUUACAGAUAAGGAAACAUUAAAGGAGUUUCAUUAAAGGGUCCUCAGGUUACCUGAUAGUAGAGAGUGAAACCCAGGCCAGGAAGCAUUUAGUUGUGUUUACUAACUAUACCCUACAGGGAAGGUCACAGACCAUGAAAGAGGUCAAUUAUUUUACCCCUCUCAUCGUUGGCCAAGAUCACUUAGGAUGGUGGUCCCUGCCCCAUCCUCACAGCUUUGGGGUUUGGUAGGGUGGCUUCAGCCUCCUGGGUGCCUGCAAAACAAGACACACCCUGUGCUCUGGAGCUCCUGGCCUUUAGAUUGUUUUCUAGAAUAGACACCUCAGGGGUCAUGAGCCAGUCAGCCAGGUGAGGUGUGGCUUAUCCAUUCACCAGGAGGUGAUGGGAGGUGGGGCUGCUGGCCCUGUGAGGAGCUUAACUAGGGGGACAAGGAGGGGAGGGGUGGGAAGCAAGAACCGCAGAGGCUUGAAGUCAGGGUCUGCACUGGGAGUGGGCCUGCUGCUCUGGUCUGGCCUGCCAUCUUCCUAGGCCAAUGCAACCUCCUAAGCUCCUAGAAGUGCAAGUCUGGCCACAGCAACCCCCUGCCUAACACCCCCCAUAGCUCCCCAGCUCUCCUCAGGAGAAGGGCCUAUUUCCCACCAUGCCCCAGGGGGCUUCAUGCUGUGGCCCUGUCUGGCUUCUUCCUUCUACCCUCACCUCAAAUUCCAGCUUCCUCUGGACUGGUUUCCUCAUACCCUUGUCCCCUGGCUUGCCAGCUCUCCCUUCUACCCACCUCUUAUGCUUCUCCUCUAACUCCUAUGGUCUUUCAGGUAAGCUGUUUCCUCCUCCAAGAAGCCUUCCAGGACUCAUGCUCUCGAUGAUAUUUCUGCCAUUGAAGCACUGAACACACAGUAGGUACUCAAUUCAUACUUAUCACCUGGAUGAAUGGUCGCUAAAUUGCCCCCAGCUCAGCUCUUUGCUCUCCUCUGACCCCUCAUCUAAACCUGCCUCUGCCUGCAAGGCCUUUCUUCCUUCUCAUUUCUUUUGGUCUCUCCACUCCCUACUCUCCCAUGGUCCCUAGUUCAGAAUUCCACAUUUCUGUGUUUUUGUUGCAUUGUCCACUCCAGAUGGGCAGCAACUACAGACACAAUGUCUGUAUCCACUGAGGAAAAACUGAGACGAUCGGAAGGUUUCCAAAUAAAGAGAAAAAGUCUGUCUUGCGAUGCCACGUGCCCUUGGCUCAUGGGUGAGUAAUGUUUAAGGCCACUUGGAGAACUCUCUUGAGAUUACUGAUCAAGAAAAAACAAACCUCCUGAGGCUUGAUGAACAGAGAGACUCACUAUCAUGGGUUGAAAGAACCCCACUCCCACUCACAAAAUCAGUAAGUAACACUGAGCCUUUAUGUGCCCCACACUGGCUUAUGCGUUUUACAUGCAUCAUUUUUCCUGAUAAUGACCUUUAGAGUUGUGCUACCCUCAUUUUACAGAGAGGGAGACUGAGGCCCUAGUUAUACAUCUGGGAAAGGGGCACUGCUGUGUUUGUCACCAGGAAGUCCCUCCUGGCAUUUUUCCAUCAGGAGGCCUGGGGACACCCGCCACUCACGCCCUCCACUGAGGUGGGCAGAGCUUGUAAACUGGCUGGCCUUAGGCCCAAGCCCAUGGGUCCAAUUGGGGCAGGGCAUGAUUUUGGCUCCCAGAGACUAACCAGCUUCCACCUGUUGAAAUGCGUGGAAAGUGAUUCCAAUCCUUCCAUCUUUCAUUGUUGGAGCCCACAGCACAACUGCCAACCAAGAUGUCCACAGGACCUGGGCAGGGGGCACAGGUGUGGACCAAGGAACAUCACAGGCACGUGACCUAAUGGAGUGGCCCCUCCUCAGCUUCCUGUUGUCACACUGCGACUUGAGCCCAGUGUAGCCAGAUCUUAACGGUUUUUCCAGUGAAGCUGGUAAUUGCAAUUUUUAGGUGACAAGCCCCCACAUUUUAUCCGUGGCAAAUGAAUUUUAAAAAGUUUUUAAAAAUAUCACUUUAUAAAACACUUGAGGGCCAGAUCUGACCCCCAAUUUGUACCCCCAGCUCCAGGACAAAGCAAGCAGGAGACCCAGACAUUAUUAUACAAUUCUGUAUUGAGCGACGUGUUUAUUACAGAACGUGUUCCUUUUUUUUUUUUUUUAAUUUAAACAAAGUUCAUCAAUCUCUCAUAGAAACGGUUUUGUGGGUUUUUGUUCUGUUUACCGUUAUAGGACGUGAACCUGACAAAGUUGUUCACGGGUCUGCUAGCUUUAAGUACAACAGGAUUUCCGCGUUCAAAAGACUAUACUAAGUGCUUAAUCAAAUCCCGUCACACAAAAGCCAGAUUUAGUCCUCUAACAACUGCAGUCUGCAUGUAAGCCUGGAUUUCAAUGUUGUGUGGGUUUCAACAGUAAAAAGUGGUGUGUCCCCCAUGGGUGCCUUAAUUGGGACAGGGCAGCGGUGGCUAAAGGGAGAUGUUUCAUUUGUUCCAGAUUUGAUGACUCUGAAAAUUGGUCACUGUUUCCUAUUGUCAAAAUACAAAAAUACCUUCAUCUGGAUAAAAAUGUAUACAGUGGAAAACUCUUCAAUGCAUAGCCUGGGUGUAUGGAAAAGGAGGUUUUUCCUGCAGGGUUUGCGUUGCUCUUCAUUGACUGGUGUGGAGACUGCAGCCUGGGCUGGGUGCAUGAGAGUUGAGAUUUCUGGAACGGCCCUCAACUGUCCCCUUCUGGUCACUGGAUUUUGUUGGCCUGAGUUCCGAAAUGUUCGCUGUAUCCUUGAAACCCCCAGGCAUUGGGUUGGCACCACUAUGACCACCUUUUCAUCGUCAUUCUUGAUUCAGCUGCAAAGUCACCCAACUCAGCUUCCCCACAGAGUUUGAGAAAAAUAAAAGAAACAGUAAAAUAAAAAUGGGGAGAGGAGUUCCUGCUGUGGUGCAAUAGGAUUGGUGUCUCUGCUGCGUCAUGACGCAGGUUCGAUCCUUGGUCUAGCACAGUGGGUCAGGUCGCCACACUGUGGCACAGGUUGCAAUGGUGGCUCGGAUCUGAUCCCUGGCCUGGCAACUCCACAUGCCACGAGAUGGCCAAAAAAAUGAAAAAACAAAAAACCAGGAGAGAGUCAACAGCCACUAUGGUGGCUGUUCCAUUCAAAUUGGGAACUCUCUCCCUAGAAACCAGGACAACGAAGAUGCUGGAGGGAGGGCUUCUCUGAGUUGGGGUUUAAGUCUCCAUUCCCCAAAACGUCACGUGUUAGAAGGCGGGAGGAUGGACUUGGAGAUCGGGAUAUGGUGGUCAUGCUGUGGUCAAUCAACCUUUUAGCUUCAUUCUUCAUAAACUUGGAGGCGCAGACACCUUCCAGAAAGCACCAGUCAACUUGAGAAAGAAAAUGGUGAGAAGGGGAGCUGGGGUCUCUAGUUGAAUGAAUCUACUUUUUGGUGCCCGGUGCUGAGCUGGGUGCUUGUUAGAUGACCAACGCUGCUGUUUUCUCAAAACACGAGGAGGGGAAGGUGGCAGCCACAGUCCUGCUCUGGAAAGCCAGUGGGGAAAUUUCCUGUGUGUGGCCACGAUUCAGGUUGGGGAAUGGGGUCACUCUAGUUUAAGUGCCACCCUCCGAUCGCCUGCACCCCGCCCCCCAAUCUGGCUUUCCAAAGGAUUCGGAAGCACAUCUUGUCUACAGAUGGAUGAGAUGGAUGUCCAGCCCCCACGGUCCACAGGUUUCUGACUAGAGGGAGUGUAGCAGUUUGUCUUAUGCCAUGUUACAUCUCGGGAUGGCCGGCCACAGCCCACAUCUCUAUAGCAUUUAUAACGGCAGGGGACAUUCUGUCAUCAUGGUUGCAAAACAGACCACCAGAAUGAAACACAUCCUCAACGGCAUCAAGGUUUUCAUUUAGAGUCUUUUGGACUUUCUUUGUUCAACACGGUCUCUGGAAGGGCAGUAGCAAUGCACUGUGUCUCACAGACGUGGGAAAAAACCGCGGUUCAAAGGUUAUCUAAAUUUUGGUCAGUCUUAGAGUGUUUUGUGAUGGCUUUGAACAAAUUGUCUCCUUUUAAUCUCAUCUAGUGGCAAAAAUGACACAACUUCAGUGUAUACUUCGCAACAGUUGUGACAGCAUCCUGAUUUUAUAACUCUCUGUAAUAUCAAAAGAGCAUCGGCUGGGAAUAAAUUCCAAAGGAUCCUUUAUUAAAAUAUCUAAAAGAGGUC